AGGGUGCGUGUGUUGCCGGCGGGGGGCGGCGGCGCCUCCUCCUCCUCCUCCUCCACCACUACCACCUCCAUCUCCUCCUCCUCCUCUUCGGACAUGUCGACCGCGGCUGUGGCGGUGGCGGCCGCUUCCCGGCGGCAGUCAUGUUACUUGUGUGACCUGCCCCGCAUGCCCUGGGCCAUGAUCUGGGACUUCACGGAGCCCGUAUGCCGAGGCUGCGUCAACUACGAGGGCGCUGACCGGGUCGAGUUUGUCAUCGAGACGGCGCGGCAGCUCAAGCGGGCGCACGGCUGCUUCCCGGAGGGCCGCUCCCCGCCGGGCUCGGCCACGGCGGCCGCCUCGAAGCCGCCUCCACUCUCCACCAAGGACAUCCUCCUGCAGCAGCAGCAGCAGCAGCAGCAGCAGCAGCUGGGCCACGGCACUGCCGGCGCUGCUGAGGCGGCCUCGCGGGCCCCGCAGGGCCUGGAACGUUACCCCCUGGCGCCCGCCGCCGCCUCGGCCGAACGGGCUCCUCCGAGGCUGGGCUCCGAGUACGGAGCGGGCCGCCAGCCUGCGGGCGGGCCUACGACCCCGCAGCCGCAGCAGCAGCCGCCGCCCCCGCCUCAGCAGCAGCAAGUGAACGGCAUCCUGGUGCCCAAUGGCUUCUCCAAGCUGGAGGAGCCGCCCGAGCUCAACCGCCAGAGCCCCAACCCGCGGCGCAGCCACGCGGUGCCGCCCACCCUGGUGCCGCUGAUGAACGGCUCGGCCGCGCCGCUUCCCGCGGCUUUAAGUCUCAGCGGCCGCGCCGCCGCCGCCUCGCUCGCCGCCAUCUCCACCAACGCCAGCACCCCCCUGGGGGCCGCGCAGACCUCCGAGCUGAGCGGCCACAAGCGGCCCAGCUCGGUGUCCAGUGGCGGUGGCGGCGGCGGCGCGGGGACCGAGCACGAGCCGCGGGAGGCGGCCAAGGAGAAGCAGCCCCAGGCUGCUCACCGGGGUCCCGCGGACAACCUGGCGGCCACCGCGGCUGGCGUCUCGGUGCCGGGCGCGGCUGAACUCGGCGGGGAGGGAGGAGGCAAGGGCCGGGGGCCCGGGGAGCAGGACUGGGUGAACAAGCCUAAGACGGUGCGGGACACGCUGCUGGCGCUGCAUCAACACGGCCACUCGGGGCCCUUCGAGAGCAAGUUCAAGAAGGAGCCGGCCAUGGCCCCCACCAGGAUGCUGGGCUUCGAGGCCAACGGCGCCAACGGGGCCAAAGCAGUUGCUCGUACAGCAAGGAAGAGGAAAGCUUCCCCAGAACCAGAAGGUGAAGUUGGUCCUCCCAAGAUCAAUGGAGAGGCACAGCCAUGGUUAACAACCCAAACAGAAGGGAUGAAAAUCCCCAUGACUCCCACACCGUUUGUGUCUCCACCACCACCCACUGUCUCACCUCAUUCCAACCGGACCACACCGCCAGAAGCGGCUCAGAAUGGUCAGUCCCCCAUGGCAGCUCUGAUCUUAGUAGCAGACAAUGCAGGGGGCAAUCAUGCCUCCAAAGAUGCCAACCAAGUUCACUCCACUACCAGGAGGAAUAGCAACAGUCCACCUUCUCCAUCCUCUAUGAACCAAAGAAGGCUGGGCCCCAGAGAAGUGGGGAACCAGGGGUCCAGCACUGGGGGACUGGAACCAGUACACCCCGCCAGCCUCCCGGACUCCUCUUUGGCGGCUAGUGCCCCACUGUGUUGCACCCUGUGCCAUGAGCGUCUUGAGGACACCCACUUCGUGCAGUGCCCUUCGGUUCCUUCGCACAAGUUUUGCUUUCCUUGCUCCAGACAAAGCAUCAAACAGCAGGGAGCUAGUGGAGAGGUCUAUUGUCCCAGUGGGGAGAAAUGCCCUCUGGUGGGCUCCAAUGUCCCUUGGGCCUUUAUGCAGGGGGAAAUUGCGACCAUUCUUGCUGGAGAUGUGAAAGUGAAAAAAGAAAGAGACUCGUGACUUUUCCAGUUUCAGAAAAACCCAAUGAUCACCCUUAUCUAAAACUGCUUGAAUUGUGUAUAUAUCUCUCUCUAUAUAUAUAUCCAAGACAAGGGAAAUGUAGACUUCAUAAACAUGGCUGUAUAAUUUUGAUUUUUUUGAAUACAUUGUGUUUCUAUAUUUUUUUUUUGACGACAAAAGGUAUGUACUUAUAGAGGCAUUUUCCUCUUUUGUUAACGUUAUUAGCAGAUCUUUGUGCUUUAUUAUCCUGGUGACAGUUACUGUUUAAUGUAGGCUGUGACUUGCGCUGCUUUUUUAGAGCACUUGGCAAACCAGAAAUGCUUUUAGCUGUAUUUGUAUGCACUUGUUUUAAAAAGAAAAAAAAGCCAAAUACAUUUUCUGACAUUGUAAGAUCGCCUUACUGUCUAUUAUUCCUUAUUCUUGGCCCCUUUCUUUAAUCGAAAAGGAGGCAGAAUGCUUGAGAAGGAAAGCAAAUGGAAGGGACAAGAUGGUUAAAUGGGGAUAUCACUAUAGGAAAUAACAAAGGGGUUCACAUCUAAACAUUGUCCUUGUAUAGUAAUAAAAAAGUAGACAAAAAGUCUACUGAAUUUUUCUCUACUA